CUGCUGAAUUUCCAUUUGUAAGCUAAUUUGUUGCAGUUCGAACCUACUGUGAAUUUUCCAAGUUUCUGGGUCACUACUUCCCACGAAGGAUGAGUCCUGCUCCUUUACACUGCUAACACAUGGAAGGGGUCUGCUCUGCCAUAGAAUCAAAAGGGCUGAUUGGCCACAUGGAGAGCAGCUCAACCAAAGCGAGGAGCCCAUCAAUCCUCCUCCCAAAAGAUGUUCGGAAUGUGAUUGAGGGGAUCCUUUUCUCUCCUUCCCCUGCUCUGGACUUGAGCAAAAGAGGCCUUGAACAUCUGAGUGAGGAAAUCUUCAGAAUCCCUCAUCUGAAACAAUUGCAUCUCCAAAGAAAUGAACUCAGCAUAAUUCCUAAAGAUUUCUUUGAGCUCCUGCCAAAUCUUGUUUGGCUGGAUCUCCGGCAUAAUAAAAUUAAAGCUAUUCCUUCUGGGAUUGGAUCUCACAAGAAUCUGAAAACCUUGCUUAUGGAAAAGAAUCCCAUAAAAACACUGCCAGUGGAGCUGGGGAACUUAACAUCACUGAAAGCCCUGAACCUGCGGAACUGCCCUCUGGAAUUCCCCCCGCAAGACAUCAUCCAGAAAGGCCUGCUGGCCAUCCUGGCCUUUCUUCGCCAAUGGGCCCUGAAGCAGUGUGCUGUCACUGUUCCGCUGUGUCAAGAAAUGAAAAAUAUGGACUCUUUAAAAGAAAUCUCAAAAGCCAAACAUGACAUGGCCGGAGGAUCAGCCUCCCACAAGGAGGCAUCGCAGCCUCGGAAAUCCAAGCAGGAUGAUCCAAAAGCGAAGGAACAACUGUUUCCACAUGUGGAAAAAUUGAACUUAACUGAGGUCACAGAGGCCAGUGGGGAUUUUUCUGAGGAUUGGUCCAAUGAGGAAGAAAUGAAGCAGUUCUGGAAGCUGAGGCAGGAAAUAGUCGCCAAUGAAAAAGCUGAAAUUCUCGCAAACCAGCUCCUGCCCAUUCAGUUACCUCUCAACCUGCAGGACAACCCUGUGAAGGAACAUGUUCAGAAGCUGAAAUACAGUUUCAGGAUUCCACUGAAAAAACCAUGUAAUUCUAGAAAGAAAAGCUCUUCAUUCGAGAACAUGUUUCCUGAAAUUCCAUCCUAUGAGAUGCCAGUUCAAGCCAAGAAAGAUGAAGAAAGACGAGUAGCUGCCCUCAAGGAGCUAAAAGAGAAACAUGCCUUAAUAGAGCAACGGAAAAGAGAUAAAAAAGUGCUCCAAAAAUGGCGAGAGCAAGCUGAAGUAAUGAAGAAAGAGAAGGAGAUCCUCAUGAAUACACAGCAUCUGCCAAAGGACAUGAUGUUAGAAAAAGCACCGUUUGCAACCAACCCAGUGGAUGAGAGCAACGAAUUCAACUCCCUCGAAAAAAAGAAACCAACCCAGCUGAAACUGACCCAAGAGCAGGAUGAGCUCAGAGCCUCCAAAGCCAGAGAGAUAGAAGAGCGUAUAAAACGUCACAUGGAGACCUUUCGUGAAAGAAGGAAAAAAGCCAGAGGGACACCUCAGGAGGAGAUCCAGAAAGCGGCCCACGACUUUGAGAUUGCCAAAAAGCUGCAUGAUGAAGUGCACAAGAGACAACAGGACCGAGAGCUGAGGAAGGAAUAUCGGUUCACUGCCUUCACUGGAGACGUGAGUCCCCAGGCACCCAUGUCACAGCCCCAUAAUAUUUUUUUUAACAUGAAAUUUUAGGGAUCUGGGAGUUUUUAACCAAAACUAUUGAUGCCGUCGCCUCCCUCGCCGUCACUGGAGCGGCUUUCGAUGUGAAACUGUGGAGUUUUUUUUUCUUGGUGGAGAAAUACUCAAAUAAGAAGUCAUUAUUUAUUGCACAGUCAGCCUGCAGCACAUUUUUUUCAAUAUGUUGCUUUUUCAAAGGCUGUAAAGUGUUUUUCAUUAAAAUAAAUGCAUGGGUCAUGGGCAGUAUUAUCAUUUAUCAUUUCCAUAAACAAAUUUCACAGCAGCCUGAUCAGGGUAAAGUAUUUUUUAAUA